CGCGCGUCCACUUGCUCCGUGCAGUGCGAGGCACCCAUAGGAGACACCACUCACACUCAGCUCUACACCAGGACUGUCAGGGAUAAAAGCUUUUAUCGGGUCAGUGGGAUUGUAUGAAGGUGUUUUCGUAGAACUUUGAGGUGGAAUUGAAGAGAAGGCGCCAUUAGGCUGUCCAAGGCCGGACCUCAUCAUCACUUCCUGUUUCUUUACGAGUGGCGAUGCUGAUUGACAGAUGAUUUGAAAGAGGAAGACAUCAGGUGAGAGAGAAGUGAACUUCUUCUUCCUCCUUAAACUUUUUACGCUGUCUCUGCGCUGGUUAUUAUGGGGUGUGUCUGUUGCAAGCGGAAAAAGUCUGCCAAAGAAGCAACAUCAUCAGCAGACAUUGCAGAUCUGUCUCCUAGCAACGCAGAUGGAGUGUCGUCCACGGCCUUGACUCAGGGCCGUUACUGCCCGGACCCCACUCAGAGCAUCCCGGACUUCAACACGGGCUUUUCCUCCAGCGCUAUCUUCGCCAACACCAACACAAACCAGCGGCCUGGAGGUGGUGGAGUCACUCUCUUUAUAGCUCUGUAUGACUAUGACGCUCGCACUGAAGAUGACCUGACGUUUCAGAAAGGAGAGAAAUUUCAGAUCAUCAACAACACGGAGGGUGACUGGUGGGAGGCUCGGUCUUUGGACACGGGCAACUCAGGUUACAUACCGUCCAAUUAUGUAGCUCCUGUUGACUCCAUACAGGCUGAAGAGUGGUAUUUUGGGAAGAUGGGGAGGAAGGAUGCGGAGAGACAACUGCUGGGUCAGGGCAACCAGAGGGGUACUUUCCUCAUACGAGAGAGCGAGACCACCAAGGGUGCUUACUCUCUGUCUAUCCGUGACUGGGAUGACAACAAGGGAGAACACGUAAAGCAUUAUAAGAUCCGCAAACUAGACAACGGUGGUUACUACAUCACUACCAGAUCUCAGUUUGACACCGUGCAGCAGCUGGUAGAGCACUACACAGAGAGAGCGGCGGGACUGUGCUGCCGUUUGAUUGGCAGUUGUAAGCGGGGCAUGCCUAAGCUGGCUGACUUAUCGGUGAAGACCAAGGAUAUGUGGGAGAUUCCCCGUGAAUCCUUGCAGCUGAUUAAGAAACUUGGCAACGGCCAGUUUGGAGAAGUCUGGAUGGGAAUGUGGAACGGUACCACCAAGGUAGCAGUGAAGACUCUGAAGCCAGGGACUAUGUCCCCUGAGGCCUUCCUGGAGGAGGCUCAGAUCAUGAAGAGACUCCGCCAUGACAAGCUGGUGCAGCUCUACGCCGUCGUGUCUGAGGAGCCUAUCUACAUUAUCACUGAGUUCAUGAGUCAAGGAAGUUUGUUGGACUUCUUAAAAGAUGGUGAGGGUCAGAGUCUGAAGCUGCCUCAGCUGGUGGACAUGGCUGCACAGAUCGCAGCUGGAAUGGCAUACAUCGAGAGGAUGAACUACAUCCAUCGUGACCUGCGAGCAGCUAACAUCCUUGUUGGAGACAAUCUGGUGUGCAAGAUCGCUGACUUUGGCCUGGCUCGACUCAUUGAAGACAACGAAUACACAGCCAGACAAGGGGCCAAGUUUCCCAUCAAGUGGACGGCUCCAGAAGCAGCGCUGUACGGGCGCUUUACCAUCAAGUCAGAUGUGUGGAGCUUUGGCAUCCUGUUAACUGAGCUCAUCACUAAGGGACGGGUGCCAUACCCAGGCAUGAACAACCGUGAAGUUCUGGAGCAGGUGGAGAGGGGAUACCGGAUGCCCUGUGCCCCAGGGUCCCCCGCCUCGCUCCAUGAACUGAUGGUGCAGUGCUGGAGGCGGGAGGCCGACGAAAGGCAUACAUUUGAGUACCUGCAGUCCUUCUUGGAAGAUUACUUCACUGCCACAGAGCCGCAGUAUCAACCGGGAGAAAACCUGUGACCACACAAACACACACAGGGGACAAAUAUGGAGCAAUAAAUGGACAAACACACACACACACACACACACACACACACACACACACACACACACACACACACACUCACACCAACAGUACGCAUAUAUAAUACAUAUCAUUGCAUUGUUUGAUUGUGUAGAUGCAGUUUCCCUUCUUUUGGUCUUCAUACUCUGCAGUCCAUUCAGGACACAUCACUCAACCAUCAUGAAGAGCAGAGUUGGAGCUCUGCUCAUCAGGCCUUGCAGUAAUGUUGCUUUACUCUGUAACCAUGACAACAAGGAACUGAAAGAAGAUGUAGAUGGUUGUGUUGAGGUGGGGGGGAAGUCAGAUUGGAACAUGAUGUGAUCAGCUGCCAUGUAUGUUCAGAUCCUUUGAUAUGUGUGUCUGAGAAAAUGAAUGUUGUAAGCAGACGUUUUACCUAAAACUGUUGAUACCAACGUAAAAGAGAGUGCAACAGAUUUCAGAUCUAACUAUAACAUCUUUGAGAGAGAGUCAAAAUGAACCUGGUGAAACUGCAUGGUAACUGAGCAGAUUAUGCACACAGACACAUCAGUCAUCUUAAAUGAGGACUAAUUUCAAACAAUGCACCAACCUGUGCCUAAAUGUGGUCAAAGGAAAGGCUAUUUUAGGUUUAAAAUACAUUUAAAACUUAGUAUAGUCUGAGAGAUUGUAAGAAAUGCUCUUUUUAUGUUAAUAUAAAUUUUGUAUGAACUGUCUCUGUUGUUAUAAUUUAACUCAGACAUAUCUGAGCAUCACAAAACUUCUUUAUCUAGUUAACAUGUAUAGGCCUACAGUUUUCAUUCAUUGGGAGGGCAGGGAUAUAUGUUUAAGACAAAGGGGAAGAUCAGUGUCAGUAGAUUUUGGAAAAAGUGUUUUACAUAUAUGUGUGACCUUUGAGUUGAGAUUCCCCUGUCAUGGUAUUGUAAUAAAGAUAUCUUUUCUGGGUAAUGA